AUGGGUGAACUCGAUAACUACUCAAUUUCAUCUGAUCGUCUCAUCGAUCCCAACCAAUCUCACGAUGGCCUCGAAUGCAUUAUUUAUCAUAAUAUUCUGUCGAAACCAGUCUCAUGUAAAACAUGCCUAAAUUCAUUUUGUUCUAAUUGCAUUAACACGUGGUUAAUUACACAAAGUGUUUGCCCAUACAAAUGUAAUCCAUUCGAAAAACGGCAACCACCACCGAUAACAAUGACAUUUUUGUCAAAACUAAAUAUUUCUUGCCGAAACAAGAGCAGGGGAUGUGAAGAAGCUUUACUGUACGAUUCACUAGAAAAUCAUGAGCAAAAAUGCGAGUAUCAAUCGGUACAAUGUCAAGAUUGUAAACAAGAAAUCGUUCAAAAAGAUUUUGCUGAACAUCGAGAGCAGUGUACCGAUGUUUUCACUGAAUGUCCAAAAUGUUCAACUAAAUAUAAACGACGAAACGCUAAUAAACAUACAGAAAUAAAAUGUCUGCAGAUCUCGAUGCAACGGAAAAUGGACGAAGCACUUAAGAGACAGCAGCAAACGUUCAAUAAAGCUCUUAAACAACAGCAAGAAACGUUUUCGCAGCAAUUGAAAGAGGCAAAAACCAAAAAUGCCGACGCCAUGCGGCAGUUGCUUGCACGUGUCACCAAACUCGAAGGUAGGUAA